AUGAGAUAUGCUCUUGAUUUUGUUUUUUUUACAGAUUCAACAUUACCCCAAAAGAGAAAUCACAGAUUGUGUCCUUAUUUAGACACAAUUAAUAGACAAGUUUUAGAUUUUGAUUUUGAAAAAUUAUGUUCAGUAUCUUUGUCGAGAAUAAAUGUUUAUGCAUGUCUUGUAUGUGGUAAAUAUUUUCAAGGAAGGGGUACAAACACAUUAGCUUACACACAUUCUGUCAGCGAUGGACAUCAUGUUUAUUUAAAUUUACACACUUUAAAAUUUUAUUGUUUGCCUGAUAAUUAUGAAAUUAUCGAUUCAUCAUUGGAUGAUAUAAAAUAUGUCCUUAAUCCGACAUUUACAUCAGAACACAUAAACAGUUUAGAUAAAACAGAUAAAUUAUCAAGAGCCAUAGAUGGAACAUUAUACCUUCCCGGAAUUGUCGGAUUAAAUAACAUCAAGGCAAACGAUUACUGUAAUGUCGUCUUGCAAGCCCUCUCACAUGUUUCUCCGCUUAGAAAUUAUUUUCUUAGAGAAGUCAAUUAUUCAAAGGUGAAAAGGCCACCUGGAGAUUCUUCAUUUUUAUUAGUUCAAAGAUUUGGAGAACUUUUGAGAAAACUUUGGAAUCCUAGAAAUUUUAAGGCGCAUGUUUCUCCGCAUGAAAUGUUACAAGCUGUUGUUUUAUGGAGUAGGAAAAAAUUUCAAUUUACAGAACAAGGGGAUCCGAUUGAUUUUCUAUCAUGGUUUAUAAAUUCACUUCACAUUGCGUUAAACGGAACUAAAAAACCAGACUCAUCAAUUAUUUACAAAUCAUUUUUGGGAUCGAUGAGAAUAUACACGAGAAAAAUUCCACCCACAGAAUUGGAAGAUAAACAAAAAGUUGCACUUUUGCUCACGGAUGAAUAUCAGGAAAAAAUAACUGAAAGUCCAUUUUUGUAUCUUACUUGUGAUUUACCUCCGCCGCCAUUGUUUAAAGAUGAAUUUAUGGAAAAUAUAAUUCCACAGGUCAAUUUAUAUACUUUAUUGACGAAAUUUAACGGAACGCAAGAAAAAGAAUAUAAAACGUACAAGGAUAAUUUUUUAAAAAGAUUCGAAAUAACCGUUUUACCACCAUAUUUGAUAUUAUACAUAAAAAGAUUUACGAAAAAUACAUUUUUCGUUGAAAAAAAUCCAACGAUCGUUAAUUUUCCCGUUAAAAAUGUGGAUUUUGCCGAUAUUAUGACGGACGAUGUUAAAGCCAUGCACAAAUACACGACUUAUGAUCUCAUAGCGAAUAUUGUUCACGAUGGCGAACCCAAUAGAGGAACGUAUAGAGUCCACGUUCUUCACAAGGGUAACGGAAAAUGGUACGAAAUGCAGGAUCUUCACGUGACCGAUAUACUACCGCAAAUGAUAACAUUAACCGAGGCUUAUAUACAAAUAUACGAACUUAACAAAAUAUACAUGUAUCGUCAACGAUAG